UUGCAUUUAGACCUUGAGAUGACUAGCGGCUUAAUCUAAGCAAAUGGAUGUCCGAGAUGUCUUAUCGUUUGCGUCUCCAAGCCCUCAGUUGAAGCGCUCUUUAAAACCUCCUCCUCCACCAUCUCUACAAAUUGAAUCAGAUGCAAAGCGACCCAAAGUCAGCGCUGAUCACACAUCUACAUUUUCUGAUACUUCUUCUGAUGUUGGUGAUCUCGAAGAUUUUUCACGACCGUUCAGUGUAUCGGAUUCAUGGAAUUCUGAAACAAGUAAUGAACCUACAACUGUUGGAGCGAAUGAAGUAACCGAAGCUACUGUCCGUCGACUUACUGUACUGCUUGAAAAACGUGCUCUAAGCAAUCAGGAAGCUCGAACUAAGUUCCCUGACCAACCUAAGCGUUUUAUGCAGUCCGAAUUGGAGCUACAAGAAACAUUAGAGGAAAUGCAAGUACUUGCAGCUAAUCCAGAAUUAUAUCCAUUGUUAGCUGAACAACAACGUCCAAUCUCAUUAUUGUUAGGGUUAUUAUCACAUGAAAAUACGGAUAUUAGUUUAUCAGUUAUUGAUCUACUGCAUGAAUUACUUGAAUCAAAUUGUUUACAAGAAGCUGGUCUAAACAAAGUCAAUCCAUUGUUGGAAGUUUUAUUUUCUGGUCAAUUAAUUCAAUCAAUUAUACAAAAUAUUUCACGUUUAGAUGAAACUAAAAAAGAUGAAGCUGAUGGUGUACAUAAAACACUUGGUA